AUGGCGAAAAUGGCUUUUCAACACCAAGCCGGGACGGCUAUGGAAUGUCUAAGCAUUCCAAUAACUCUUCAAAAAGAGGCUGGUGUUGAUGCCGAAGGGCGAGAAGUAAUGAAAUGCGGUUUUAAAAUAGGAGGUGGAAUUGACCAAGACUAUCGUAAAAGCCCUCAGGGAUACACUGACAAUGGAAUAUAUGUAACUGAAGUACACGAGGGAAGUCCUGCAGCAAAAUCAGGGCUAAGAAUGCAUGAUAAAAUUUUACAAUGCAAUGGUUAUGACUUCACAAUGGUAACACAUAAAAAAGCUGUUAGUUAUAUCAAAAAACAUCCAGUUUUAAACUUGCUUGUAGCAAGAAAAGGUGUCACAUCAACA